UUCAGCUGAACACCACGGAAGGUCCUUCCUUCCUGAUUCUCUACACCAAUCGUAUAUUAGCUAUAUAGCAAAACAGAUACUGUUAUUUUUGUUUGUGUUACAAAAGCCUUAAAUGGGAUCUAUGUUUCUUUAUCUGCUGUCUGCUGAUGACAGUAACCAAGUCUGAUUUUCUACUUGGUUACUAAAUUCAGAUUUCCUGUCCUCACCAUUUGUAACUCUAUAGUGUGCUUGUCAGAUUUUGAGGGUAAAGAAAAUACUAUGGUUGUAUACACACUUGGAUAAUUUUCCACAUUUUCUACAAUUACAAUGCUACAUUUUCAUUUUUACCAUGUACUGUAUAUGAUUUUGUUUGACUAAAACCAUUUUAUUUGAAUGUGUACUUUGAUCAAAUAGGGCAUCCAGUGGCCUAUGGGUUACCACAUAACUGUUCAGUCCAGGGUUAGAUUCUCGGCAGGGGGGCAUGUGUUUCAGCCCUCCGGAAAAAAAAAAACCUUCAAAAGGAAAUCAACACCCACCAAGAUCCUUUCAAAGGGAAAUCAACACUUAGAUUGCACACCUUCCUGCUACCACAGCUACUCAAACUACAGUUGAGCUGAGAGCGAUGAAUUGUGAAUCUCAACGGGCUGAGGUUGUCCCAUUGCAGGAGGAGAUGUAUGAUGGGACACCUGGACAGCCUGAAACAUCUACACUGGUUCAGUACACCACUGUAAACAUCAACACGGAGCCCCCCAAAGACGACAUCAUCUGGUCCCUCUGCUGCUUUGUCUACUUAAACCCUUGCUGCCUCGGACUGGCUGCUCUCAUCUACUCUAUCAAGGCCAGAGACCGGAAGGUAGCUGGAGAUCUGGAUGGUGCCCGACACUAUGGUUCCACUGCCCGAUGCAUCAACAUCUUGGCCACAGCUCUGGUUUUCAUCAUGAUCCUUAUUCCCAUUACUAUCAUCAUUGUGAGGAUAAAGGCAUAUUGAAGAGUAUGCUGCGAUCGACUUUUGGUUCUAAAUAAAUUUCAAAUAGUGCUCGAGUUUCCUGCUGCUGUGGCAUGGUGAAACUUGUGGUUCUUUGCUUUAUGCUCAUGGCACAAUUUGUAACUCUUUAUAUCUUUUUGCUUGCUUUCUCGAGCUGGUGUUAAAUUGAGGUCAUCCAUCUUUUCCAAAUGACAAGUUUUAGUCAGGUUUGACAUUGACGCCAGACUUUGUUUUUGCAAAA